GAUACCAUUGAUUCAACUCUCUUUAGGAAUCCCAGUGAAUCAUGGUGCCCAGAUGUCUCAGCUUCCAUCUCCAUCCCCCUUUUCCGGCAUUAACCAGAAACCCAAGACCCUGCUCCACCUUUCUGACCUCUCCCUUGUUUCCAACUAACUUGACAACCAAGUUGCAAGCCCCCCAUGUACAAGCUCACCAUCCUACUCUUAGAAGCCCCAUUUUCACCCCCAUGGCUUCAAUCCAGUCCACUCCUAGUCCCAAAUUCGACGACUUUGAAUCCGAUCCCACUCUCACCAACGACGAUCUCAAGCCUACAACGCCGGAGCAGCGCAGUUUUUCCCGGUGGGAAUUGGCUAGUCUUUGGAUUGGCCUAGUUGUGGGAGUGCCAACUUAUUACUUGGCUGGUAGUCUAGUUGACCUUGGAAUGGCUUGGUGGCAAGGCAUUGCUACAGUUGUAGCAGCCAACAUAGUACUACUAGUACCACUAGUCCUCACUGGUCAUCCGGGGACUAAAUACGGCAUCUCUUUCCCGGUUUUGGCCAGAUCCUCAUUUGGGAUUCAUGGUGCUCAUAUCCCAACUCUUCUUAGAGCCUUGGUGGGUUGUGGUUGGUAUGGAAUUGAGACGUGGAUUGGUGGUGAAGCAAUCUUUCUUCUACUCCCAAGUUCAAUCAAAAGUUCCUCUCUGUCACAUUUCCUGCCUUGGCUAGGCACAUCCCCACUAGAGUUUGCUUGUUUUAUUGUCUUUUGGGUUGCUCAGUUGGCUAUUGUUUGGAAAGGCAUGGAUGGAAUCAGAGAGCUUGAGAAGUACUCUGCUCCAAUUCUAAUCACUCUCACUUCCUGCCUUGUGACUUGGGCUUAUGUCAAGGCUGGUGGUUUUAGUCACAUGCUUUCCAUAACCUCCAAACUCACCUCUCAACAAUUUUGGUCACUCUUCUUUCCUAGCCUCACUGCAAACAUAAGCUUCUGGGCUACUCUUGCUCUCAACAUACCUGAUUUUACCAGAUACGCCAAGAGCCAGACCGAUCAGGUCAUUGGCCAGGCGGGGCUCCCUAUCUUCAUGGGGGCAUUCACAUUUGUUGGCCUAGCUGUAACAUGCUCCACUGAGGUGAUAUUCGGGCGUGUCAUUUCUAAUCCAAUCCAACUUUUAGGUGAGAUUGGAGGGCUAACAACAAUAGUCCUAGCCAUUUUUGGUGUUAGCCUUGCUACCCUUACAACCAACAUUGCAGCUAAUGUUGUGGCACCAGCAAAUGCGCUAGUGAAUCUUAGUCCUUCAAAGUUCACAUUUAGACGUGGAGCUAUUGUUACAGCUUUGCUUGGCAUUGCGUUUCAGCCAUGGAGGCUUCUUAGAUCAAGUGAGAGCUUUGUGUACACUUGGCUUGUUGGAUAUUCUGCUCUGUUGGGUCCUAUUGGAGGCAUAAUUCUCGCAGAUUACUAUCUUGUCCGGCGCACAAACUUAAGCAUGAAGGACUUGUACACAGUAAGUCCUUAUGGCGCGUACUACUAUUCAGGAGGCUACAAUUUGGCAGCCAUGGCAGCUCUUGUGGUUGGGAUUCUGCCGGUGGUUCCAGGUUUCUUGCAGAAAGUUGGGGCUCUUUCUUCGGUGUCAAGUAUAUUCGUGAUCAUCUAUAACAAUGCCUGGUUUGUUAGCUUUUUCUCUGCUGGUUUUCUCUAUUGGCUUCUGUUAUCUACGAAAGGAAAACAGAACAAGUCUCUUGCUUCAGCAGACCCCCUAUUGCCUCCUGCAAACUAACAUUUUGAUUUCAAACACAAUAAAUUUGCAUACAUUCUGUAAAAAUGUAAUCUCAAUUCAAAAGCUGUAAAUCUGUAUUAGUAAACUUUAAUAAUAUUAUAGCUA